AUGCUUGUAGACAAUUUAGAAGGCUGCUAUGUCUUCUAUUGCAGGGCCGUAAGAAGGCCGACAAGGAGAAGAGUCGGCGGUGUGAUGUUCGUGGGAGCAGUACUGAUGGUGUGGUUGUUCUUUUCCCAAGCCAUUCAUGAGCAAACGUUAACCCUCCCAAACCUUUUAAAGUUUGCUUACCAACAGGAGAGCCUUAAACCCAUACCAUUUUCACUUGUUCCAAAUUUGAAGUGUCCUAAAAACUCUACGAGAAAUAUUGUUAUCAUGGUUUUAAGCAAAAUGUCCAAUAUUGUGACACGGCACGCCAUUCGAAGGACAUGGGGAAAUCGGGAGAUGCAAAUAAAAUACAACUUUAGUAUGUACUUCGUUGUGGGUAGAGAGGAAGGAGUCAGUCUAAACAACGAUAAUGGAGAUCUCUUGCAGGUGGAUGUCGAUGAAGAUUACAAUAACUUAACAUACAAAACAAUAGCUGCUUUCAACUGGGUCGUACAUUAUUGUCAGGGAACGAGGCACUUUUUUAAAAUCGAUGACGAUGUGUAUUUAGAUCUAGACAUUCUCAGUAAAAUUCAAAGGGAUGCCAAUUAUGUUCCAGAUUAUGCUAUUCUUGGUUCAUGCAACCAAAUAUCAUUUCCGUGUAGGAAGUCAAGCAAGUGGCAAAUUUCUUACGAAGAAUACCCUUUUCAAAUAUUACCACCAUUUUGCAAUGGACCGGGAUACGUGAUGACGUUAAAUACAGCCCGCAAAAUAUAUGAUGAAAUGAGAAAUACAAGAGUAUUCAAAUACGAAGAUGUUUAUGUAGGGAUUGUUGCUUAUAAACUUGGGUUAUCGGUAAAGAAUGUAGAUAACUUUGUUUAUAAUAUGAAUAUUUAUGUUUACGACUGGUUGUUUAGUGACCUGUUUUCUCGAUGUCAUAUAAUAACACAUUAUGUUUCACCAGGUACUGUGCAACAAUACUGGGAUCGCCGAACCACGUUCGGCAAGGAUAAAAACGAUUGUUCUAUAUGGGGAAUAGGCAAAUUCAUAUUAUCUUAUAUUGUAUAG